AUGGGGAACAUCUGCUCAAAGUCGGCCAAUCAGCCCGACAACUUCUCCACUCCAGGGCGAACAAUCGGUGCAACUCCACAGAACUCAACGGCCACCACAACCCCUGUACCUAAGAAAGUAACCGCAAACACACCUGGGCGGACCCUGGGCGGGAGAGUUGAAGCUCCGAGCCCCGAUGACGCAAGAGCGGCAGCAGCGAGGGCAGCCGAAGAGAGAGCAGCAAGCGCAUCUAAGCCAGGUGGUAAACUUGCAAAGCAGUUGCAGGAUCAGAAAAAGCAGAAUUCGAGACAGCUUGUCAAGGAGGACGCAGAAGCCGAGCGAAGAGCACGAGAUGCAGAUGCGAGUGCCGAAGCACGAAACUAUAAUUGA